UUGUCUGUAGUGAGUAAACGUGUUCUCUCUCUCCCUCCGACUUCUCUAAUUGUGUUUCCUCGAAUCGCGAAACUAACCCUAAUCUCUCACACAGAACCGUUGAAUCUCUUGAUUCAGCUCUUCAAUUCGAUGCUGCUUUGUUGAGUUUAUGCAUUUUCUGUAGCAUCACAUCGAUCCGCAUUUUAUAGUUCUAAUUUCGCCUUUGAUUUGAUCAUAAAUCUAGAGAUAGAAAGGUGAAGGUCGCAUUGCAUAAAAAUUACAGGUUUGAUCUUUAGAUGCGGACAUCGAGUAGUUUGAACGGAAGUGUUGUGGGAGCAGAGUGAGGGUGGGUGCUUGAAUGAGGAUACAAAUGGCACUAAGGUGGUAAAAGGUGUGGAGCAUGUAGAAAGGAAACUUGCACACAACACUCGCUUAUCUUUACAGUGGGCUGUCAGUUCAUAGGAUCAUGGUACGUUAAGCUGACACUUCUUUUAGAGGACCAGAUUGGGAUCUUACAUAGAAAAAGUUCUGAUUCGUGUAAGAAGAAGGGAGAGGCAAGAGGGUGGAAUAGGGAAUUUACCAUCUGUGUAGGGGAAGCUACGAUUUCCUGUUCGGACCAAACCAUCGUCACCUUCAUAGACAGAUGGCAUUUAGCUCCUAAAAGGACCCAUGAUCUGAAGGCCAUAUAUCAGUCAAUAUGUUUCUCUAGCAUGUGAUGCUGUUUGAGGGUUGGAAGAUGGCAUUUUAUUCUGAGGGGGAACAAACUGAGGAUUACCUUUUCAAGAUUGUUUUGAUUGGUGAUUCAGCUGUUGGGAAAUCAAACUUGCUUGCUAGAUUUGCAAGAAACGAGUUUUAUCCCAAUUCCAAAUCAACUAUAGGAGUAGAGUUCCAAACCCAGAAGAUGGAUAUCAAUGGAAAGGAGGUCAAGGCACAGAUCUGGGACACAGCCGGGCAGGAGCGGUUCAGGGCUGUUACCUCUGCAUAUUAUAGAGGUGCAGUUGGAGCCCUUCUGGUCUAUGACAUCUGCAGGCGCCAGACUUUUGAUAGCAUUGGUAGAUGGCUUAAUGAGCUUCACACUCAUUCUGACAUGAAUGUAGUUACGAUACUCGUUGGCAACAAGUCUGACCUCAAAGAUGCCAGGGAGGUUUCCACUGCUGAGGGCAAAUCCUUGGCUGAGGCACAGGGCUUGUUUUUUAUUGAAACUUCAGCCCUCGAUUCCUCCAAUGUAGUUACUGCCUUUCAGACUGUUGUCAAAGAGAUCUACAACAUUUUGAGCCGGAAGGUAAUCCAAUCUCAAGAACUCAAGAAACAAGAUCCUGGCUGGAUGGGGAAUGGAAAAACUGUUGUUUUACAGGGGAAUGGAAACCCGGAAGCAGAUGGGCAACCAAAGAAAGGUUGGUGCUGUUCAUCCUAAAACUGCACUUCAGUUCUACUAUCAAUAUGAUUCCUUACAAUAUUCAACAUUUGUUUUGCGCCAUGUGGUUCAGUUUAUUGUCCAUUUGAAAAGUUGAUUCAAACAAUAUUUUUCCUUUUUCUGUGCGAUGAAGUUGGCAGAAAAAAUGUAAAUGACACAAGGAGAUAAAAAAAGAAUUCACACCUUGGGCCUUGUUUCAAAUGAUCUUGUUUCUACUAUGCC